AUGUGGGAGCACCUCGGCUGCCUGGAGCACGGCUCGCCCAGGCGAGCGGGGCGAGGCGGAGGGGCAGGGAAGGGCAGGCGAGGAAGGGUAGCGCCGGGCAGAGCGGGCGGGAUGCGGGCGGAGGAGCCGCUGGCGCUGGCGGCCCCGCGGGCGGGCGGAGAGGCUGAGGCGGAGGCGCCGGGCGAGGAGCGGAGCGGCGGCAGCUGCUGCAGCAGCGAGCGCCUGGUGAUCAACAUCUCGGGGCUGCGCUUCGAGACGCAGCUGCGGACCCUCUCCAUCUUCCCUGACACGCUGCUGGGCGACCCCAGCCGCCGGGUGCGCUACUUCGACCCGCUCCGCAACGAGUACUUCUUCGACCGCAACAGACCCAGCUUCGACGCCAUCCUCUACUACUACCAGUCCGGGGGGCGGCUCCGCCGGCCGGUCCAUGUGCCCCUCGACAUCUUCCUGGAGGAGAUCCGCUUCUACCAGCUGGGCCAGGAGGCUAUCGAGACAUUCCGGGAGGACGAGGGCUUCAUCCCAGAGGAGGAGAAGCCCCUGCCGCAGCACCACUUCCAACGCCAGGUCUGGCUGCUCUUUGAGUACCCCGAGAGCUCCGGGCCAGCCCGGGCCAUCGCCAUCGUCUCCGUGCUGGUCAUCCUCAUUUCUAUCGUCAUCUUCUGCCUGGAGACCCUGCCCGAGUUCCGCCAGGAGCCCAAGGGACCCCAGCCUGGCUUCGGGGAGGCUGCGCCUCUCGGGGACGAGGCGCUGCUGCUGCCGCCGCUGCCACCGCCGAGCGGGACCCCCCCGCCCCUGCGCCCCGCCACCGGUUCCGGCCCAUUCUUCACAGACCCCUUCUUCCUCAUCGAGACCCUGUGCAUCAUCUGGUUCUCCUUUGAGCUCCUCGUGCGCUUCUUUGCCUGCCCCAGCAAGCCUGAGUUCUCCCGCAACAUCAUGAACAUCAUUGAUAUCGUGGCCAUCAUCCCCUACUUCAUCACCCUGGGCACCGAGCUGGCCCAGCAGCAGCAGCAGAAGCAGCAGCCCGGGAGCAGCAGCAACAAUGGGGGCCAGCAGCAAGCCAUGUCCCUGGCCAUCCUGAGAGUCAUCCGCCUGGUCAGAGUCUUCAGGAUCUUCAAGCUCUCCAGGCACUCCAAGGGGCUGCAGAUCUUAGGGAAGACUCUCCAGGCCAGCAUGAGGGAGCUGGGCCUCCUCAUCUUCUUCCUCUUCAUCGGGGUGAUCCUCUUCUCCAGCGCUGUCUACUUUGCAGAGACUGAUGACCCUGACUCGCUGUUCACCAGCAUCCCUGAUGCUUUCUGGUGGGCAGUGGUGUCCAUGACCACCGUGGGCUAUGGGGACAUGUAUCCCAUGACCAUUGGUGGCAAGAUUGUGGGCUCCUUGUGUGCCAUCGCUGGUGUGCUGACAAUUGCCCUGCCUGUCCCUGUCAUUGUGUCCAACUUCAACUACUUCUACCACCGAGAGACUGACCAUGAGGAGCAGUGCCAGUACACCCACGUCACCUGUGGCCAGCAACAGUCACCUUUCUCUGAGCCCAAGAAAGGGGACAGUAAUCAGUCCCUCAGCAAAUCUGAAUUCCUGGAAGCAGAAGACCUGGAGUCCAUGAAAUAUUCCAACUUCAUUCCUCCCAAUAACCAGGGAUAUAAAGAGAAGAAAAUGCUGACAGAGGUGUGAUGGGUUUUGUUGUCCUGGGUCCAGACACAGAGCUGCAAGCUGCUGUUACAGUUGUCUUCCUACAAGCAGCUGGAUCUAUUCAGCAUUUACAUGCCAGACUGUGAAUUGUGAUACUGUAAACAGAAUGAUUGUGAUAAUGGGCUCUUCUGGCCUGAUUUGCUGUUUCUCAUUACUGUGUGCAGCCAGAAAUGUUCUUGCUUUAUUCUGCGGAGUGCUAGCUGUCAUCCCCACUCCCUUAUGCAUUUCUUUCUCUGCUUUCAAUGACUGCUUUAAUCCAACAUUUGCUCCAAGACCAAGUCUUGUAACUCCACCAGCAGAGAAGUCCUUGCCACUACUUCAGCAGAGUAAACAGUUAAAGGGGCUACAAACAUCUGGCUCGAUCCAUGCUUUCAGUCCCUGUGCCAGCACGGUGCCCUUGGCUAUGGAAUCAGGCACGCCUGCCAUGCCAUUGCCUUUGAAUAAUGGAAACGCUGCAGCCAGGAUCACAGGGAGCGCUGCAGCUGUAGGGGAAAGCCAGCAAGCAGAUGCCUGCCUUCUUUGCAACCCUUGGCAUGCUAAAACAUCCUCCUGGUUUGUGUUUAAAAAAAAAAAAAA